AAUUUCUUCAGUGUUGUAUUAAGAUGAUUUGGGUUUUGACUCGUUUCGAUUUAUUGUGUCGACUUUCAUAACACUAUAUGUAAAUAUUGUUAGAUAGAAUUUAAGCUAGUUUGCUCGAUGUGUAACAUCAUUACCACACUGUGUUUAAUUGUACACUAAAUUUGAACCGUGUAAGAUGGAAUCGAGUGCCAUGUUCAACUGUGCCGCUAGAGUAAAAGAGGAACCUCUUGAUGUAUCCUUCACUGAAGACAUUGAUUCAGUAAUUGACAACCCAGCCGAUACCAAACAUUUUCUGAACUUGAGGUCUCUGCGAGAAAAUCCCGCUUACAUAUCUCAAGAAUGUCGUGACAAUUACGAAUGUGAACCCAGUGAAAGUAUGGAAAUAGUUUUUGAGUGUAAAGACGCAAAGCCGAGCAUCAAUUUAUUGGCGGUUAAAAAAUUUGACGAUGAUUUUCCGAAUUACUCGGAAAGUAUAAUAAAUAGCAAUGAUUAUGAAGUGCAAAACAUAAUCAAAACAGAAACAGUACGAGAAGUAAAGAAAGAAAUUUUUGAUACAGAAGAAUCAAAUUUUAAUUUUGAUCGUGAGUCAGGCUUGCAAAAUGAAAAAAGAAGAAUUACAAAAAAGUCUAACCAUGAUGAUGGACUAAAAACCCAAUUGAGUACGGUGAAUAAUAAAAUAACUUUUACAUGUGAUAUUUGUAAGAAAAAAUUCGCAAAUAAGAGUCAUCUUAAAACUCACAUCGAUUCGGUGCAUCAUAAAAUAACCCAUGCAUGUGAUAUGUGCCCGAAGACAUUCACACUAAAGUGUAAUCUCAAAAGUCACAUCGAUUCGGUACAUCAUAAAAUAACCCAUGAAUGUGAUAUUUGCGGCAAGACGUUUACACGGAAAAUUUAUCUCAAAAUGCACAUUGACGCGAUUCACAAGGGUGUCUCUCAAUCAUGCGACGUUUGCGGAAAAAUAUUCCAACACAAGCGUACUCUCAAAAGGCAUAUGGAUGGAGUGCAUAAGGGUAUCAACCACACUUGUGAAACAUGUGGAAAGUCAUUUACGCAUAAACAUCGUCUCAAAAGCCACAUCGAUGUUAUACAUAAUAAAAUCACACAUGCAUGCGACGUAUGCGGAAAGAAGUACUCACAGAAGAACGAUCUCAAGAAACACAUCAGUUCAGUGCACAAUGGUGUCAAAAAUGAAUGUGAUAUUUGUGGAAAGACAUUUAAAUGGAAAGCUUCUCUUAAAAUCCAUAUCGAGGCGGUUCACAAUGGUAUCACUCAUGCAUGUGAUAUAUGCGACAAAAAAUAUUUAUCAAAUAAUUAUCUUAAAAGACACAUCGAUGUGGUGCACAAUAAAAUUACACAUGCAUGUAAUACGUGUGGAAAAAAAUUCGGACAAAAGAGUAAUCUGAGAGUCCACAUACAGGCGGUACAUAACGGUAUUACCCAUCAAUGUGAUGUUUGCGGAAAAGUAUUUUCAUUCAAAAAUAAUCUCUCUUGUCACGUUAGAUCGGCGCAUAUUGGUACAGGUGAUACAUGAAUUAAGAUAUUAAUAGGCGACAAGGUUAUCAUGGAGCCUUGCAUAGAUACGAUGCAUCGCUUAUGCAUUAAGAUUAAAUUAAUAUGUAAAAUUAUCUAAUUUACUUUUUCAGAAGACUGAGCUAAAAAUGUUCUUUAUUGUAAUGUAACGAGUUACUCUAACUUUAUCUCAAUAUAUGUAAAUAUAAUGUUUGAGUUUUGUAAAAGUUAAAACAUCUUUUGAGAAAAAUAAAGCACAUAAUCA